AUGAAAUUUGGCUCAAAAUUAGAGUCAUUUUUAGUCAAAGAAUGGGCUGAUAAAUAUGUGCGUUACAAGUAUUUAAAUCGCCUAAUUAAGGGAGCCAAAAAAUUUGAGGUUGAAAAUAAAAAUAAGGAUGAAGGAACAAUAUUAGAAUCUUCCUUGUUUCCGGGUGAUUCGGUUGGAGAUCCUAAAGAUGUCAAAUUUGACACACCUCAAUAUUAUUCAGAUCAUGUUUCCGUCGAGAUUUCGCCAGAAAAUGAAGGUGAAGAAAACAAAACGCUUCCAAAUGAUGCAUCUUCGUUUCAAUAUCAUUAUGUCGAUGACGAAGACAAUUCUGACAAAAUCUUGAACGUAAUAAAGUUGAUGGCAUCCCAGUUUGAAGAGUACGGACAUUUGAGUUUCUGUGAAGUUUCUGUAAAGGAUAGGCUUGAUUCACAUAGUAAACUGUCAAGUGUUACUAAGCGUAAGAAUACACUUGGAGAUAUUAUAGACAAAUUGGAGUCAGAAUCCGUAAUUGGUAUAUCCUCAGAUGUUUCAUUUAGCGAUAAAGGUGUCAAAUUUCCGCGAGUAAAAGCAAAAAUUCCACAAAGAGCUCAUAAAUCUUUUAGGUUGUCUAGGCACCCCAAGAAGAAAAAGAGUGUAUAUAAGUCCAGUGUCAAAUUGGGAUCCACCAAACUUAAAAUUUUUGGUAAUAUACCACUACCUUUUAGAAGACAGAAAGAAACCACUUCUGAAUACCUUUCACUAUUCAAUAAAUCUCUGAGAGAUGAUAUCAGAACUGUAAUACUUCACUACACAUCUGAAAUGGAAUACAUACAAACUCUUAUAAAAUAUUUAAGAAGGGAUAUACGGAGGAGACAAGGGAAGAUUGAUAAUUCUUAUGUAAAACUAGUACAAAAAGCGGCUACUGCACUCUGGGAUUCGUGUGAUAAACUCCAGUCGUAUUUAAAUGUGAAUAUAUUAGCUGUCUACAAACUAUUAAAGAAGAAGGAUAAAUUACUUGGUACAAAUGAUUUAACAAAUGUAUAUCCAUCAUACAAGGGAGUACUUCUAUCAGUAGAUAAUUGUAAGGAGACGAAUGACAAGAUACUUGCUUUAUUUGAUAUGGUAUCCCCUCCAAGUAAUGUUGAUUUUAUCAAGUUAAAAGAAGGUGUAGAGACAUCUCUUAGUGUUAACAAAGGCAAUUAUUAUUAUCUAUCAUAUGUAUUGGGUUUAUCCACCAUGCUUUUGUUGGCAUGUGUCUUUCUUUGUUCGUUCUUUUUUGUUUGCAGUCUAAUAUGGUGGGGAUGUGGUUGGUGUCAAAAUUAUCUCGAAAUUUAUGGAGUAAACUACCAGUUCAUGUUUGGGCUUUCUAAUAAUUAUUCCAUAUCAGAUAAGGAUUUUUAUUUUUUUGGUGCUUUACAAUCGUUACUAUGUCUUGCUUUAUUUUGUUUUUUAUUGCUAGAUUGCAAAUUAUUGAUUGUGGGUUCACACUCGAGGCAUUUUUCAUAUCCGAUAACGUUGAUAACAUUUUCAAUACUAGUUAUGCUCCUUCCUAACAAAAACUUCAAGCUGAAAUUGAGGAAAAAAUUACUGUUAUCUUGUGGACGUCUUUUUACCUCAUCUUUUGGAAUUGGUGCUCCCGUAACUUUGGUUGAUAGUAUUUUGGCAGAUAUACUAACUUCAUUAACUAGACCUCUUUCCGACUUUUUAUAUAUUUUCUCCUACUUCUCAUAUGGAAUAUCACAUGACAGCCACCGUAUGCAUGAUGGUAAGAGUAUGCUGUCUCAAUAUGUUAUUCCUCAGCCUUAUCAAGGUGGAUCGUACCUUUGGUGGAUCUCCGAAAGGAGGAAAUUGCACGUUGGAAACAUGCUAAAGUAUAUCUCGGCCAUGAGUUGUAUUGUUAUAUCAUCUAUAAAUUGGACAUAUGUCGCCGACUUAAGUAGCUCUACGAGCAAUGCUAUUGUAGUUACAUUCUACACAUUUGCUACUCUUUUCAACUUUUUGUGGGACUACUUCAUCGAUUGGGGUUUAUCAUUACCCCCAAAUAUCUUAAAAGGGAGGAACGGUAGGAUAAUGUACACCAGGAAGGCCUACUAUAUCGCAUGUGUCAUAAAUCUGUCUUGUCGCUGCACAUGGGCCUUAACCACGUCCCCUCUUCAGCUGAUAAGUAACAAAGAACUUUCAUCAAACCUUCUUGUCCUGAUAGUAUCUGUUAUCGAGAUAUUCAGGCGUAUUGUGUGGGUCGCAUUUAGACUAGAAAGUGAGCAUCUACUGAAUUCUUACAAAUACCGCACCGCGUUAUGGAUACCAAAACUGUACAAUUGUAAAUCCGUGCUGGUUAAUGAACUAACUAUGCUCAACCAAUAG